GUCAAAAUUAUAUAAUUUUGUGUCCCUUUCUUUUCUUUCUAUCCAGAUGAACGAGGAUCAUGGAUGUCUCUACAACUUUGUGACAGUGUAAGUCAAGAUGACUUCGCCAGAGGUAGUCUUGAGACCCGAAUCCAAGCGCUCGCAUAUUAACGAUAGCCGGAGAAGCAGCAUCUUCACACUAGCCUUUGAAGAUGAAGACGGUUGCCUUCCGCAUAUCUUCGCCUGCCGUCAAAAUCUGGCAACGGAAAGGGGGAAACGACUGCAGACGGUUCGCAUCUGGAUUUUAUGCUCCGUUUCUCUGGUUGCCAUUUUGGUCGUGGCCAUUGUCGACGUCCAGCAUUACACCAAUGAAGAGUUCAAUAAUAGGCAAUCAAGGAAUGCAUUACGGCAGUGGGAGUGCCUCGAUCCAAUAUUGCACUACCUGAGCGUAGAGGGUGCCUUAGAUGCCCAGGUAAGGGUGAUUCUUGAAAACCUGAACAGAACUAGUACAUCGACGAAUUCUUCACCACUCACACUCUUGCUAUCUAAUGCUACAACAGAAAAUGACUCAUCAACCCCAGAACCUUUCACAACAACCAAUCCUACUACUCUAACUCCCCCUAUAGUGUCACCAGCCAUAACAGUAUUACUGAGCCAGUUGUAUAUAUUUCGUAAUCGUACAGACACCGCUCUUGCCGACUCGUGUGCAGAGGAUCUAUUUUCAGAAUCCGUAAGCAGUAACAAUACAAGUUCUUUCAAUACAGAGCAACUCAAGGACCGACUUGAGCAGCAUCGCUGUAUCACUUCGGACAAGAACAAAAGUAGCUACUUCUACAGGGACAUCCGCAGAGAAGUAUUAUCACUCGGUUCAACUCCUCACGUGACGUCAGGGUACCUUGCAGUCCAUUCUUCAAGGUCAUCUCUGGCAAGCGAGAUGGAACUCGUAACCCGAUGUCUUGGGCCUUCUGAUCACUUACCAAGUGACUUCAUGUAUACAGUGGAAACUCUUCAAGAAUCGGCGCAUACACUUUUACAAUUUGCUGUUGACACAGAUGCUUCUGUAUCAAAAAGGGUCCUUGAUGAAGUGCUGACCGCUAAGCUUUAUACUGAUAUUUUGUAUUUACGUAGAUUAGACGUUCUUUCGCUGUGCAAUACGACGGUCAUUCCAGACAACUUCAGUAUGGACCCUUACUUUGAUACUAUGACUCAAGUCCUAAAAACCCUAAAACGCGUGAACGACGACGUCCUGCAGGACUUGAUCCAAUCAACCGAAGAGAGACUAGACUCCACUCGAGCCCGUUUGGUCGUUGAGAUCGUGGCAACGUUGUGCGUUGUGCUAUUCUUUCCAUUGGUGCUGAACUCUGUAGGCAACAUGACCGGCUGGAUUCACGACUAUGCCCAUCGGCUGAAGGAAAGGACUGACGAGUUAAAGCAGGAGAAGAAGAUGACAGAGAGCCUGCUGUACCAGUUGCUACCUAGGAAAGUGGCCAAUCAGAUCAGGGCCAAACAGCAGGUCUGUGCGGAAAGUUUCGACGCCGUGACAAUCUUCUUCUCAGACAUAGUCGGUUUCACCAGGAUCUCGGCUCAUAUCAACCCCAUCGAGGUGGUCGGAAUGCUCAAUGACCUCUACUCUUGCUUCGACGGCCGAAUCGACGUCUAUGACGUCUACAAGGUCGAAACCAUCGGCGACGCUUACAUGGUGGCAAGUGGGUGUCCAGAGAGGAACGGUGAUAAGCAUGUCAAGGAGAUAGCUACGAUGUCCAUAGACCUCCGCAGUGCUGUCAAACAGGUUCAUGUCCCUCGCUCGCCAUCCAUCAAACUUCAGGUCCGGAUUGGUAUCCAUACGGGUCCCUGUGUUGCGGGGGUGGUAGGAAUAAAGAUGCCUCGUUAUUGCCUCUUUGGGGAUACCGUCAACACAGCAUCACGUAUGGAAUCCAAUGGAUUACCUAAUAAGAUCCAUUUGAGCGGGGAAUGCUACGAGGCUUUGUCAAAAGACACGACCUACAUCAUGGAGAAGAGAGGGGAAGUACAAAUCAAGGGCAAGGGAUUAAUGACUACCUACUGGCUUAUUGAGCGUGCAGACUUUAGCGAAGUGAACGACAGCGCCGUCUGCAACUGGAAACCUAAGAAAAGGAAGAAAGUGGCCUUAGACGCGGGCUCCCAGGAUUUCCUAUCCGUCUCCGAAAACUCGUCUGCAGCAAACAGCUCGAUCAGCUUGAAUUCGACCAUCAAAGCGGCUGGGGAUGCGACUGGUGACAUAACGACGAACGAGGUGAAGCGGUUGCCCAGAAUUCCAGGACAGGUUCCCGAUGGAGAUGGUGCGCAGAAUGAAGCGGAAGCGUGAUGCAUUGUGGGAUAUGGAGCAGGUGGGGAAUGAGAGGGGUAACCACCAAUGUAACACGAUGAAUCAAUGAACCAAACUGUCACAUUUUGUUUAAUCAAUAUUAUUAUUUUUAUAGUAGUCUCCCUCGGAUUACAACUAAAUGAAUUAUAAUCUCGUUCAUGAACUCAAGUGAUGCCGAUUCAUUUUGACUUCCAAAUAAUUUAUGUCAAACACACUUCAUUUAUUCAUCUACCUGUACGGCAAAUAUCAUAAAGUCCAAAAUAUUGAUGACUUAUUUAGGGUGUGUUGGAAGAAAAUAUUUGCUAUCCAUUGCACAUUUCUCUUGGAAUUUUACAACCGAUCGAUCAACUGUAACCAUAGCACAUCAUUUUCAUACUCCUUGUUGCAAGUAGCAGAGUAGCAAUCAGUUUCAUUGUGCAAUCAAUUACAAGACUUUACGAUCAAUUUUGAGAAACGAAAUUGACUUGCAAUUUAUCGCAAGUCUCUUAUCGACUUGUAACGAGAUUAUUUGAGCCGUAUAUUCGCCCUAACGAAGGCGUAAAAUAUUCGCACGUAAAUGCUACGGGCCUUAAUCACUACAUCAUCGCCCAAAUCGUCGAUUUCUUGAUUCACCUAGAACCGGGGAAUUUUUACGACUGUUGAUACAUCAGGCAGCAAUCACAUAUUGAUGGUUUGGAUUGCGGUUCACGGCGGUCCG